UAUUUUCUUGUAACAAAAUUUGAUUUCUGAUUUUAAAGUCAAAUAACUUAUUCUAAUUUAUAGUGUUUUUUGUAAAACUUAUUCAGUAACGUGUUAACAGGUCCAGUUCACAGACUACGAAAAUGCAGCUUUUUGUUUGUUUGUGGCAAUUUUAGCCAAAAUCAUCCUUGAAAAGAAGUUGAACAUACUUAUACCAAUCAGUAAGGUUCAUGAGAACGUUCAAAGAGCACAAAAGCGUGACGCUGUGAACUGUGAAAAGUUUUGGAUGAAAUCCAAUUUAAAUGAUGAUGAUUCUGUAUGGGAAGAACUGACGCUUAACGAAAUAGUCAACGGUAAAGAUUCUAAGCACAUAGGCCUCAUAUCAGUUAUUCGUCAAUACGUUAAUGACAUGAACGUAGAUAAUAAUAUUGCAGUAGCUGUUGAACGCUAUUUACGCCUAAUACAAGGAAGAGCUUCAGGAGAGUUGAUGACUGAUGCACGCUGGAUACGAGAGUUUGUCACCACGCAUGUAAGCUAUAAACACGACUCCGUGGUCACAGAUGAAAUUAAUUAUGAUUUAUUAGUUAUGAUUGACAAACUUCAGAGAAAUGAAAUCUCCUGUCCUGAACUUCUUGGUGAAUAGCUAAGUCAGUAAAUACUAAGAUGUUAACCGAACCAGUCGGUCAUGCAUGGUUGUCGUGGUUCCAUAUAGUGUGUUGGGGUUAGUCCUAUACUUAUACUUAAACCAUAAUGACGUCAGAUAUUUACAGAUAGGACUAAUACGGAAGAAAGACAAAGAAAACCAUCAUAAUAUGAAACAAAUUUUAAGAAAUGUUAUUAAAACAUAACGUAAUUUCUCAUUAUUAUCGGCCAAUAUUAUCCAUUUUCAAAGAGUAGGAAUUAUAAUUUAAAGGUUUGUUACGAAGAUGACCCAUGUUAUAUUUUCAUGACUAAAUAUAUGACAUUUUUACGUAAUAGUUUGCCGUUUAAAUAAUAUUUUAUUAUAUUUUACUGAUAUUUUAAUAUCUGUAAAAAAUGAUUAAUACUGUAAAAAUUAUUAGUUGAACUACAGUAAUUAUAUCAGAAAAACUUGACACCAUGUGUAUGGAACUUUCACUGUGAAUAUUGUUACCUGUUAUAUUAUUAUGAAACUUUCGUCAUGAAUAUUGUUAAUUGUUAUAUUAUUAUGAAACUUUCGUCAUGAAUAUUGCCAACUGUUAUAUUAUUUGCAACUUGGGUUCAAAAUAAAGUUUCACCAACUGUUUAUUCUGUCGUAUUCAUUUGCAUUAUUUUGAAGUUUUGCAUAAUCCUUAAUUGUUAUUUCAUUGUGUUUCUUGACGACUAGAAGCUUCUUAGUUAAAUUGAAAUGUUCACGAAAAAGAUGUGCACGAAUUAAAGGGUUUAAAAUAUAUUAAUAGCAAACAGGUGUCUUUGUGAGCUGUAUAGGUAUUUUUCUUGAGUGAAGGCAUAUCAUUGAAUGUUGUCAUAUUAUAUAGUGUUUUAUAUAUAACGUAUUUCAAUACCUUAAAAGUUCGAAAAAUGCUUAAACCUUUAGUUCGUUGUACUUGAUGUAAAAAAAGGUUCAUCCUCUCGAGGUUCGCCAGUAUUGUCUAACUAUAUGUGUAGCAUAAGAGAGUGUGAUAUUUCAUCUUUCUGUUCAAUGUAUAAAAUGUAUACUAGCUUCUGUGAGUUACUGAAGUUUAACGAAGUUAAAUCUAAAGCUGUCAACACUUGCUAUGCUAGUUAUGAUGGGCGAAUAAUAAAUUAGGUUAUGUUGUUGUUUUGUGAUUUAAAAAAAACAUAUAUAUUUCUUUGUUAACAGUUAUUGUACGUGUACCUGAAAAACAAUGCUACAUAUAUAUAUAUGUAUUAUUAAACUCGAGAAAAAAAUUGAGCUUUACGUAUAAUUCCAUUUGUUAAGUGAAUUUUAUUAUAACUGUUGUACUCUUGGGUCUUGGAAGUCGUAUUGUGUGUAACUUCUUGCAGCAGUGUUUGAUAAUAAUAACAACAUUUAUUGUUGUAAAGCCCCCCCAGUGGCACAGCGGUAUGUCUGCGGACUUACAAUGCUAGAAACCGGGUUUCGAUUCCCUUGGUGGACAGAGCAUAAAUAUUUCAAUGUAUAGCUUUGUGCUUAACUCUAAACAAAGAAUUCUAGUAAAAAUAAAAUGUUAUUUGUCAUUAUUCCUUUAAAAUAAAAUGUAUCAAUACCUGUAUCGUAUUUACUUCAUUGUUGCAUUAAUUAUCCCAGGAUCAGUUUACGUAUAUACUCUCGAAAUUUUACCACAAUAUUGUUAAUUUUGUGAUUCAUUUAAAUUCCAGUAAUUUGAAUUGGCGCGAAUAAAAAUAUUAUUUUAUCAUUUGUUAUUUGUUUGUGUCUGCGUGCAUCUGUUACCUUUUCUUAUAAACAAAUUUUAUGUGUUUGGUUAUAUUUUCAAGAGAAAUAAAAUACAUUUACUGAAAA